AACAUGGCUGCUCCCCUGGAUGACAUGUUAUCCCUCUGUCUGGACCCCGGCAAAGUUGCCAGCAGCGUGGAAGUCAGAUUUAUAGACAACAUUAAGGGUAAAGGUCUUUUUGCUAAAAGGGGCAUCAAGAAGGGAGAAACCAUUUUCACAGAGCGACCUCUUGUUUCCGCUCAGUUCCUGUGGAACGCUUUAUAUAAAUAUAAAGCCUGUGAGUACUGCCUGCGUGCUCUGGAGACUGCAGAAGACAAUGCCAGAAGACUCAGUGGAAACCUUGCGCUCACCCUUCCUCAUCCUGAACUGUGCCGUGUUCGUCCGGAGCUGCACCAAACCUGCCCCCAGUGCCAGUGGUUUGUGCCUGAGGGCUUCUGCUCUCUGUUUGCUCUGGUGGGAACCAACGGUCAGGGCAUCGGCACCAGUUCCUUGAGUCAGUGGGUUCAUGCCUGCGAUGCACUGGAGCUUCCCGCUCAGCAGAGGGAGCAGUUGGACUCUUUUAUUGACCAGCUGUACAAGGACAUCGAAAAAGAAACGGGAGACUUUCUGAACUGUGAAGGCUCUGGACUUUUUCUGCUCCAAAGCUCAUGUAACCACAGCUGCAUCCCAAACGCUGAGGCGUCUUUCCCCGACAAUAAUUUCCUGCUUCACCUCUGCGCCCUGAGUGACAUCAGCCCAGGAGAGGAGAUCUGCAUCAGUUACUUGGAUUGCUGUCAGCGGGACCGAAGCAGACACAGCAGGCACAAAAUUCUGAGGGAGAACUACCUGUUUGUCUGCUCGUGUCCAAAGUGCGUGUCCCAGAUGGACGAGCCGGACGUGACAUCUGAGGAGGAAGAGGAGGAAGAAGGCGAGGCAGAGGGGGAAACUGAGGGGGAUGAGAUGGAAGAUGAGAUGACAGAUGUUUGAUGAAAGACUUUAAGACACAUUUCUGCAACCGUGAGGCCAAAAACAAUAAAGUCGAGUUCAGACCGUGAUUUGCAUGUCACCGGCGCUGCGCCAAAGUCUAGAACUGUGUCCAUAUUUCUCUCAGUUUCAAGACCGUCUGCUGUAU